AUGUUCCGCGCAGCCUCGCGGCGCGCCAGCGCCUCCGCUCUGCACAGCGCACCAGCACAGCGCCAGUCGUGGACACGAUCAAUAUACAGCAGCAAUGGCCGGCCAACACUACGCCCGAGAUGCCCUAAUGCUACUGCCAACCUCCUCGCCAUCCCCCACACCCGCCACCUUACCAUAGCCCAGAAGAUACGCCUGAAAUACCGCGAAGCGUCCAAGGGCGUGUUCCGCAAGAAUCCGGUCCUGCUGCCCCUUGCCAUCUUCUCUGUGGUUGGGGGUAUCGCCGUCUUCGCAUAUGUUGCUUACGUGGAAGUCACUCGCGUCCAGCCUCAAUACCACAAGUUCCCUCCGCAAGUGGCCGACCAGCUGCGCACGGCAGUGUACUACACCGAGAUCGAUCUGAAUCCGCCCAAGGCAUUGAAGGCGUAUAAGGAAGCCCUUCGGGUAGCUGUGGAGUUGGGUAUGCACCCCUUCUCGGACGAGGUGCUGGGCAUCAAGCUGCAAGUCGCGAUGAUGUUGGAGAAGGCAGGCUUAGUCAAGCCUGCAAUCGAGGUGCUGGAGCGGACCAAGAACGAAGCCCUGAAUUGGGUCGAAGAAGGCCGCAACACGGAGUCUGCACCGGUGGACAAGCUGAAGGUGGCACGGGCGCCCGGGCCAGCAAAGAUCGCGCCAGAGAAUGUCCAGAUUCACGAGGACGGGCUGGAGGACGCGGAGAAGCAAUUGAGGGAGAUGCAGGAAUUUGAGGCCAGGCAGCGUGACCGGGCGCUGAAGAAGGUUGUCGGCAUGGAGAUGAAGCUUGCCGAGCUGUACUCGAGCGACUAUAUUCAGGACGAGAAGAAGGCCGAGGCUGCGCAGGUCGCUGCUGUCGAGCUGUGUCUGAAGGAGAUGCACCGCCGGCAGAAUUUAGGCCUGCCUGUGGGUGGAGGAGAUUCUGGCGAAGGGAAUAGCGAGUCGUGGCUGAACAUGACCGAGAUUGCUACAGCACUAGCUGAGCUCGCCGAUACGUAUACCGCGAAGGACCGCAGCGAGCUUGCCAUGCCUUUGUACCUGCGUGCAUUGGAAAUGCUCCGCGUGGCAGAGGGCAACUCUCCAUCAUGCAAGCAGGUCGUGCUGCUGAAUAGCGUCGCUGGGGCAAUGAUUGGCCAAGUACAAUUGCCGCCAAAGUCUCGUCCUCAGGAGAAGCAGACCGUCUCGCAGGAGCAGACCAUCGAUAAUGCCCGGCAAUGGGCCCAGAAGGCUAUCGAUGUUGCUGCGCGCAUCCAGCCGCCGGUCCGCGAUGAGGAGUGUGAUAUGACCUGUGUGGCCGCAACCUACAAUUUGGGUGAGAUUGCGGAACUUCAGAACAAGCCGGACGUGGCGCAGCAGCGGUAUGCCGAGGCCAAGUCGUUGGCAAAGGGACUGGGCUACGAAGAGGGCAUUUCUAUGUCCGAUGAGGCUUUGAAGAGACUUAACAAAUAA